AUGGAGUUUAAAAAAGAUGAGGAUUUAUCAGAUGUUCAUCAUUGGGACACAAGUAUACACAUAGACCUUGAAAAGGAACUCUUUGAAGGCGAUCUUCAAGGCAAGAAUUACUUCUCAAUCAUUGAAAAUGAAGAAAUUGAACCUCUUAUUUCAAAUAUUCUAGAUCCAAAUUCUGGAUUUAAUAGCACUCUUGAAUUAUUAAACAUUUUACAAGGUGAUAUAAUUCCAAAUAUCAACGAAUUACUCGAUAUUCCAAAUUUUAUGUUUUCGAUUUUCACCAAAUUUCUACAAGUCCAAGAUAAUGACAUUAAACAUAACAUUUUAUUAGUAUUAGUCUACUUAACAAUGGCAAAUCUCAAAGAAAAUUCUGAUUUUUUGGAUGAAGGUUUUAUCAAAGAAGUUUUGAAUAACUACAAUACUGAAAACAACAAAUUAGUAUGCCCAUUCACCAAUUUUCUCAUCAAUUUGAUGUCUGAUCGAACAAUUGGCAUCCAUUUCACAGAAAUUCUUUUCAACAACGAUUUUCUCACAUAUAUCCUUAAAAUUCUACAAAAGGAAUCACGUAGCGCUUACGAGCAGUACGCAAUCAAUUCUCUCUUCAUUUUUACAGAAAUAGCCGUUCCUCAGCUUCUUCAAUUUGAAACAGAAGAAUUCGACCAAUUAUAUGUGAACAGGAUUUUAGUUUACAACGAAAUUUUACAAUUUUUACCAAAUAUUUACGAAAGAUCAGAUAACUACACGCAAGACAGGAUCAGAUGGGUUAUUUGCCAUCUAUGUGACUUGUCUAUCACAAGAACGUUUGUUCUUCAGAGUACUUUUCCUCACAUUUUUGGAAAAUUAAUUCCUUCUGUAGAAAUUGACGAAUUCUUCCCAUCAAUCGUUAAUACAGCUAAUUGUCUAUCAUCACGUAUCCCAGAAUUCUUUUUAAAUAACUACGAACCCCUUAUUAAGAAAAUUUCGUCAUAUUUCAAAGCGACAAACGAUUCUUCACUGGAAUUGAGCGAAAUAGCUUAUUUCAUUGAGAUUACAAUUGAAAACCAGUGUUUUGACGACUUAAAUCGAAAAAAUAUUUUUUCAGAUUUAGUAAAACUUUAUGAAUCAAAUGCAGAUCAUAAAUCGAAGAAGAAAAUAGCCAAGAUCCUUGUUAAAUCCGUUUCCGAUGCACUUUCUCUGAAUGAAAAACCAGAUUGGCUUGAUGAGGCCAUUUCUGACAUUAUUGACGCCAUGGAACAAUUUAGUGAACACAGAUUAGCCGAAGUACUGAUGAAAAUCAACAAUUGGAUCGGAGAUGACUUAGAAUACAUUUCUGAGAUUGGAAGAGCGAAUGAAAUACAGGACAUCCUUAUAUCUCUGGUUGAUGAGUAUCCAGAAGAAUCUCCUGUAAAUGCAGCUGCAAAUAUGCUGUUAGAGAAUGAAAUUUUUGCAUAA